UUUUUCCUAUCAAUUUACUUUUCUUUUGAACAAAAGCAAAAAAAGAAAAAGGAAUUUUUGUACCGUAUUACUUAAAUAAUUUAUCCUUUUUUUAAAAAAAAAAAAAAUCAAACCACAAGUUUAAACUGUUUAAAGUAAAACUUUAAUUAAACACAAGAUCUGUGUCAAAUUUUCCCGUGUCACAAAUUCCUGCAGUAUAUAAAUAUGACAACACAUCUCGAAAAACAAUUAGAAAAAAUUACUGUGAAAGAAGGUGUAGCACCUAGACCAGGAAUUGGAAAUUUAGGUCAAAAAGUUAACCUUCGAGCAAAUCACCUUAAAAUUUCUAAGUUCCCAAAUUUAAAAUUAUACUUAUACAAUUACAAUGUAACUUCAAGUUCUGGAAGGACAAUUGGCAAAAAAGUACGUUGGAAAGUCUUUGAAGAAAUUAAAAAACAAAAAAAGUUUGGUAAAAGUCUACCAAUCUUUAACUGGAAUGAUAUGAUAUAUAGUUCUACCAAAUUAUUCUUGGAACAAGAUGAAUUCGAGUUACCUCUCCCACCAAGUGAACCAGCUGGUAAAAUCACAACUUUUAAAAUAAAGAUUAAAUUUAAGGAAGAAUUUAGUUUGCAACAUAUAAAGGAUUUUAUGGAGUCAAAGCAAGCAUGGAACAAAAAUGUUCAAACUUGUAUGAACGCGCUCAACGCUUACCUAAAUUACAAAGUGCGUACAAACUAUGUAUCUCUUGGAAGAGGAAUUUAUGCUUCUAAUAAUAAUAGAGUUAUUUUGAGUGGUGGUGCUGAGUUAAGACAAGGACAUUGCCAAUCUUUGAGAGUAGGAUGGAACGAUCUUACUGUUAAUGUUGAUGUAUGUUCUGGUAUUUUUUGUCCACCUGGAAACGUUGUAGAUAUUGCUGCUGGUAUCCUAAAUCGUAGAAAAGAUGAUCUAAGACGUGGAAUCGAUGAUAGAGACAGAAGGAUGUUAGCUAAGGCAUUAAAAACCCUUAGAAUUCGUGUCCUACAUCGUGGUGAUAAUAAAAGGUCCAUAUACUCAAUUGAUGAUUUAUCAAAAGAUUCUGCAGAUAAUAUCAAAUUUAGAGAUGAAGAAGAAAGGGAAACUUCAGUUACCCAGUUCUUCGCAAAGAAAUAUGGAAUGAGACUUGCAUUUGGAAGUCUUCCUUGUAUUAAAGUUAGUAAAAAUUGUUUUCCUUUAGAGGUCUGCGAGAUAUUACCAGACCAACCUUUCAAAGGUGAUAUUACUGAUAAUGGUCGCGCUGAUAUGAUAAAAUUCACAUGUGUAAAACCUCGUGAACGUUUUCAAUCAAUCAGAGAUGCUAUUCACAACGUUUUUCGUUAUGGUCAAGAUGAAAACUUGAGAUCAAUUAAUAUGGGCGUUGAUACUGAAAUGAUAGUAGUUGAAGGCCGUGUUCUUCCUCCUGUAUCAAUAUCAUUCAAUAAAGAUAGAGGUCAGCAAAAUCAAAAAGUAGAUACAGGACGUUGGAAUUUCGUUAGUCAAGUAAUUCAGGAUGGCAAGAAGUUAACUAAUUGGUCUAUACUAGCGUUGUCAGGUGAUCAUCAGAAUGCAAUUGCACAAUUUGGGAGGCAAUUAACUGAAACUUUAAACAAGAAAGGAAUGAAUAUUGUUAAUCAGCCAGCAGUGGUCAUUUUUAAUCAACAUGGGGAUAUUAAGAGGGGAUUAACACAGGCUGCUGAAAGAGCUAGAAUGAAUAAAGAUGAGCCGGUUCAAUUGGUCCUAGUUGUAAUGAGAGAACGAUCUCGUUUAUAUAGUGAUAUUAAGCGCAUUGCAGAAACUGAAUUGUCUAUUCGUACUCAAUGCGUUUUGAACAAGAAUAUUAGAAAACCAAAAGGAUUCGAACAAUUUUGUGUAAAUGUUGGUUUAAAAAUAAAUGCAAAGCUUGGAGGUAGGAAUUAUUCGUUAUCGACUGGACAAAUAGAUUUUGUAUCUUCUGUACCUACAAUGAUUUUUGGUGCAGAUGUUUAUCACUCGGGAGUCCAUGAACAACAUAUGCCUAGUAUCGCAUCAGUUUGUGCUUCCAUGGAUGCGGCUGCAACUAUUUAUAGCGGUCGAUAUAGUAUGAAUAAAGAGCCACGUAAUGAGACCAUUGAGGAGCUAGAUCUUAUGGUUAUUGAUUUACUAAAAGCUUUUCGAGCUAAAAAUGGUCGUCUCCCUCAAAGAAUUUUAUUUUAUCGUGAUGGGGUCAGCGAGGGACAAUUUCGCAAGGUUAUGGAGGUAGAAGUAGAUAUGUUGAGAAAGGCCUUUAAAGGAGGAUAUGGUGACAAUCCACCAAAAUUGACUUUCAUUAUUGUACAAAAAAGACAUCAUACUAGAUUUGAGCCAACUAAUCAACGUGACAGUGAUCGUGGUAAUUGCAGACCAGGAACGGUUGUUGAUACAGGAAUUGUGGUGAAACAAGAGUUUGACUUUUUCCUUCAAUCCCAUGCCAGUCUUCUGGGUACUGGACGUCCUACACAUUAUCGCGUAUUGGUCGACGAUAAUAAAUUUAAAGCCGAUGAUUUUCAAUCAUUAACUAAUAAAUUAUGUUAUUUAAAUGCAAGAUGCACGUCGUCUAUAUCUAUUGUAACACCUGCUUAUUAUGCACAUCUAAUUUGUAAUCGUGCAAGACAUUAUACCGUUUGGCAAGGCGAAUCAUCAUCAGAAGGUUCUGCUACUUGCGCAAGUGUGAGCAAGCCAUUAACAAAUCUUAUGUAUUUUCUUUAAUAAUGAUAAUAUAAUUAAUACACUAGUCUUAAAUUCCAUUUAAUUUUAUCAAAAGUAUGUAUAACUUAAAAAACAAGAACAUUAGAUUAUUAUUAUAUAGGAUUAUAUAUAUUAGAUUAUAUAGGAUUAUAUAUGUAAAGAUAUAGAUUUUGUUAUCAUAUAUAAUAUCUUAUCUUAAUAAAAAUAUU